UUGACAUGAUGUCGUAUAUCGUUUUCGUUGUGUCGAAAGAAAAUAAUUAAAUUUUAUUCCAUUUAAAAUUUACUCUUCUCUAUAUAAUAUGUAAAUAUUUCUAAUACAGUAAUUAGAAACAUUUAGUGUAAAUUAGCGAAUGUAUUAUAUUCCAUUCAUCUCUUUUCUAUAUCUUAUGUGUUUACAAUAGAUGAACACAAUGGACAACUCUGUUCAUUACUCCGCUAUACAAACAUUGGAGGCUGCUGCACAAAUGCUUAUGGCACCUCCAAAUGUGGUCUCUUCUGAACAGAGACGCCAAGCUGAGAGUGUAUUCCUUGAAUUUAGAAAUACAAAGAAUCCCUAUGAACUGUGUCGUGACAUUUUAGAAAAGUCCUCCUCUGAUCAAGUGCGCUUUGAAGCAGCUGGGUUAAUAAAAUCAGCACUUAUCAGGGAGUGGAGUUUAUUGUCAGAAAAUGAUAUAUCUUCAUUAAGAGAGUAUCUGUUGAACUAUUUAUUAAGAAAAGACAGCCCUGCCUUUGUAAGAGAGAAACUUCUACAGACAAUUGCCAUAAUAAUCAAAAGAGGAAGUAUUGAUGAUGGUGGAAGAGAAAGAAAAUCUCUGCUGGGAGAAUUAGAAAAGAUAAUUUUGAGCUCACCAAUAAGUCAACAGAAAUUGGCAUGUUCACUGAUUCUGGCAAUAAUGCAAGAAUAUGCCAUUACUGUUAAAUCAGCUGAUGUUGGACUGAUAUGGGAAGUCCAUUUUCGAUUGAAAAAGUCAUUUGAGGCUUUAGAUUUGAAGAGAAUAUUUAGGUUUACUGUAGGUGUAUUAGAACAGAUUGUUCGUUCAGGCCAUCGUCCAGAAGGUGAACAAGCAUUGUUAACUAAGCAAUUGUUGACUAUUGUAGAAACAGUAUUAUGUUGGAGCCAUGUAUCACCAUUGCUCUCAAAACGACUGAUAGGAGCCUUUGAAGCUAUUUACGAAAGUGACACAGCACCAGCUUUACGUUUGAGUUUAAAUUGGAGAGAUACAAUAAUGCAACCUGAACUUUUAUCAUUGUUCUUUGAGAUUCACAUGUAUGUUAGAUCUAAUCCAGACUUAGCAAGUCCAUCGUUGACUUGCCUUGUACAGUUGGCUAGUUUAAGUGGUGUUGUAGUUUCCGCUAGCAACUUGAAGCAACAAUAUCUAGAAAAUUAUGUAAAUAGUUUUUUGAAUAUGAUGGUAUAUAUACAACCCGUUGAAAGGGAGAUGUUAGGUAUAUCAGAUAUCUAUAGGAGGUUAAUUCAGUUUUUCUCUCCAUCCAUGAUAGCAGCAACCCCUCCUGCUUUUCUUCAAAACCUAACUACUUUAACAUGCCUUUGCAUCAGAGGAGCAGCUAUGGAAGAAAAUAUAAAUGAUGAUACAGUUUGGAGAGAAGCUUUAAAUAAAUUUCUUCACUCCUGGUGCUCUGUAGUCCACGAUACAGAUGGCUAUUCAGCGGAGACAUUGCAAAAUCCUUGUAUAGAAGUAUUUAAUACUUAUUUACAUUGCAGAUUGUCACCUCCCGAUGGUAUUAGAGGUCUUGAUAACCUUGAAGAAGAUGUCAAAGACGAAAUGGAUGAAGAUGAUCGAAAACAACAUAGUAAUAUGUUAUUAACUAUUGGAGCCAUCGCCAGGAAAGCACCAGCACAUUGUUGUCAUGUGCUAUUUACACUGCUUCAGGAUAGGAGCAAGAGACUCGAAACUCAGUUGCAACUCAUGCAUAUGGGCAAAUUACCAAUAAGCAGUGGGGGAGAGCUAAUCACCUUAUUUGAAGAUCUCCAUUGGAUCUUGAUGAUAACUGGUCAUUUUCUAGCUGUGGAUUGUACAGAAGGCGAGACUACAAUGAUACCUGCUGAGAUCAUAUCAUAUAGUUUGAGAGAGAACGCGAAUAUCGACGCCUCGCUCAGAUAUUUAGUUGGCGAGAGCACUAAUACUGAAAACGUUGAUCCUAUUCUCAGAUUAAUUGGAGAAAUUCUGCGCAUAAGCGCCUGGGAGUGUGCGGCAUUGGAGGCAGGUCUCGGCACCGUCUUCAGUCCAGAACUAUCUGCCACUAUAUCGUGGCUCUUAAAAAUUUGGGCGAAUUCGUACUUGAUGGACCAGUCAUCUGUAUAUUCCGAGAUGUCGGCAGUAUUGGAGUGUGCGUUCGGGCCAGGUUCGCGUGGUGCCGCCUGGGCCGUAUCGCGAUUAGCUGGCCGCGCGGCCACGUGUCUUCGGCAUCUGCCUGGCCAACCAACUGCUGCUGACCAUGCGGUGCGCCUGCUGGCCAUGCUCGCACACCAUCACCAUAAACACAAUCCAUUGGCCAGUUGCGAGGAGUUCCUCUCACUGGUGGCUUGGGAGGCAUCUGGUAGCAACCUGUCUGGAGAGCUGAGAAAAGAGCUUCAUAAGUCAUUCGCCAUUGCCGCCACGUACGCAGAAGGUGAAGUAAGAAAUCGCCUCUUAGCAAGUACUAUGGCGUUACAGGAGAAACUGAUGAACAUAAUUAAUAUGCAGUCAGAUACAGAGCCAGUGCGCAAUAUGCUAGCUGACACUUUAGACUGUUUCAUUGGAAUAACUGAAGGUGUCCAUGAGGUGGGGGAAAUGGAUGAACAAUUCUUGAUGUUAAUUGGUGCCUUAGAUAAAAUACCCGGAAUCAUAUUUAAAUACCACAAUUAUCCAGGAGUAGUGUUGCCAUCGUUAAAUUUACUAUCUAAAAGCGCAAAACGAAUGCUGCAUUCAGUACAACCUCAAAAUGUUAAUAAGUUUCUAGAAAUAUGUAACACAACAUUUGAAGUGUACAUAAGAUGGAAUUCUGGAAAAAUCUCGAGUGUUCCACAAGAUGCCGAGGAAGAAGCGUAUGAGGAUAUUUGCGCCCUAAUGGAAUUGAUCUGCAGUAUAGCGCGGAGUGGGUCCGAGCACGGUGUCGGCGACACUUGUGCCCGGGGACUCCGCAUCUUGUUGCCACUAAUAACUCCUCCGUUGCUGGCGCUACCUACGUUGGCUCAACACGCUUAUAGAAUGCUGCGGGAUUUAGACUCUGCGGAUCAGAUAACAAAUUUACCGAUAGAAGAUUUUAAUAUGGUAGUUACAGCGUUACGUGUCGGCCUCACAGCUGUUUCAUGUGAUGUCUCAACACUAUGCUGUGACACCAUCGUAGGAUUAUCGAAUAAAGCGCGACAAUUAGGCGACGAUAAUCCAUACUCUUUGUCACUAUUAACUCUCGCUGAACUCCUACUAAUGCUUAUUAUUAAAAUGGAAAUACCACCUGAUUCUAUACCCGCUGCCGGGGCAGCGAUAUACGCGUUGACAUGUGUGAAACCAGCCUUAUUAGAAGGGUUGGCAAGACAGUUGAUCGAAGCAUUCGCGGCGAAUGACCCAGCCAAUGUACCUAGAUUAGAGGAAGCCUUCGGUGUACUCACGAAUGGCGUACUUUUCGACGGCCUCAGGCCUCACAAAAUAAGAUUUCAAGACAAUUUCGACAAGUUCCUAGCAAGUGUCCAUGGCUUUCUAAUUGUAAAGUAAUUAUAUACUUAUUUUAUGGCAUUGGAACUGUCCUGCUAUUGUCGGAUCCAAGAAGCUCACAAACAAAUGGAGAUUACUAUACUAAUAUUUUUUUAUAUUACAAUUAAUAAAAACCUGGCCCUUGGUGUUGUAUUUUACCAUGCUUACAAUUGGAGCAUGAAAUAGAAAGAGAUGUUAAUAUCGGUGAGUUGUAGUUUAUCUUGUUUACAAUCUUUGAGCACAGACAGUUAACUACCUCGCUGACGAUUUUAUCUGAUGUCUUUAUAUGUAAAUCUAGCUAUUGCAGUGUCUUGUCCUUUUUCUUUGAACAAUAUUUUUAAUUGUAAAAAAGGGACAAGACACUCAAGAGAAAUGAAGUUUCACUUUUUAUGAAUAAGGUUGUAGUAAUUACUGUUGAUCUCAUAAAAGCACGUUACAACGUGUUUCUUGAUGCUCCACUGUAUUUUGUCUAUUUGUUUCUACCUUGUGAAUGUCUCUACCACGCAACCAUCUGUUUGCGUCUUAAAGAUAAAAUUAAUUAACUAUCUCCAUAUGUUUCUAAGCUUGUUGAUCGAAUCACACCAAAAAUUUAUUUGAAAGACUGAUGACGUCUUCAAUCUUAAUGGAGCUUGUAGACGUUUUGGAAAAUAUAAUCAACUAGUAAGUAUUAUUAAUUUUGUAUUAUGGAAUAUCAAAAAUUGUGUUUGCACAAAACUGUAGUCGAGGGAUGUGUCUACACUACAAUUGUAAUUUUCAUUAUACAAUUGGUUAUGAGAUCUUGAAAAUAGAAAUAUCCAAGAUUAAAAAAAAAAAGGAUAUAUUGUGUAAUGUAAUUUUUUAUUAUCUAGUUACAGUUGACUUAGUAUAUAAUUCUUCAAACACGUAAAAAUUCAAUAGUUGUACUGUUUAAAUAAUGAAAAAUGAUGAACAUCUAUUAUUUAUGUUAAUGACAACGGAGUACCUGUCAAAGUUUAAAAUAAAGAUUUUCGGUCAUUCAUAAUAUGCUCCUAAUUGAUAUUUUGUAAAUAUCAUUAAAUCUAUCGGUAUGCGCCAUCUAUCGCGUUGGUCUUUAUAGAACUGUCAAAUAUAUUAAUUGCAAACAUGUUUCUUUUGGGAUCGUAUUAUGAAGCACCGAAUUGACAAUUUUAAACUAUUUCUGGAAGCUAAAAUUAAUGUGUCGUUUAUCAUUAAUUAAUAAAAUUAAUUUAAAAAUACUUAGAUAUAUUUACAUGAUCAGGCGAUUUUUUUUUUUAUUAAUACAAUCGUCUUGAAUGUCCUUUAUGUGGGCUGUGUAAUAAAACACUAUUAUACUAAAAGAGCUAUAGUAUUUUAACGUUUCCUUAAGAGAUUGUUGCCAUGCGAUAUCGUAAUACUAAAAUACUAUUACAGCGUUCUCGAGUACUAUAGACGGUGUCGCCGAUUAUUAUAAACAGAAUAUCGUUACUGGUUUCAAUUUAGAAGCAGAAUUAAUUUCUGUGCUCUGCGAUAAUUUGCAUUUUAUGGACGGCAUCGCCAGUAUAUUAUUUUAGUGGUGCGAAGUCGCCACCUCUUAGAGGUGUUUAUCACUAAAUGUUAUGAGCGAUUCACAUCUUAAUUAUUGUGGCUUAGUUAAAGGCCUAAAAAAUAACAGGGUGCUUCACUCCAUUGUCAUGACUAGAUAUCCAUAAUCUUCCUAUAGCAAAAUAUAUUAUUUUUAAGUCUGUUAUUAUGUUUAAUUUAUGACUAAAAUAAAAAAAAAAUAUAUGGGAAAUCACUGUAAUCGUCCAGCAAAGGUAUUUUAGUCCAUGAUAUAAAAUUAUGUAAAGAUGAAACUUAUGUUAGAAUCUUUUUCGUAAUGACUGUAUAAAUACAUACAUACAGUAAAAAUGAGAUAUAUUCAGUUGAUAAAUUUUCAAUGAAAUCGUUUUACGAACGUUUAAUGAUAUCCCAUCAAAUUUGAUCUGUGUUUUAGAAGAAUAGGCAAUAAACGUAUGUAAAAGAACAGUGAACAAUAUAUAAUCUCAUAUAGCUUGCAUAUAUUAUUAAUUUCUUUAUAUUGGGACAUCUGUUCAUAUUAGCUUUAAGAUUACAGUGAUUUUUCAGGAUUCUUUUGAUAUCUGCAUAAAAACUGCAUAAUGGGCAUAUUAACAUUUUUUAUGUCACCAUUUCACAUAGUUGUAGAUGAAAAGUAUCUUAUGUUUACAACGAACUAAAAAACAAACUUAUCUUUUAUCGCGGUUGUGAAUGUAAGAAAUGAAGAAUCAAAGGAUUUAUUGUGGUAUUAAAUAUUUCUAUAGGUUAAGUGAUUAAAAGUACACAGAGUACUUGCAGCUAGUUAGAAGAAUUGUGGUUAUUAUAUGUAAUUUAUUGAGUUUUCAAUUGAUAUCAGAAAAGUGAGUGCACUUGUAUAACUAAAACUAUGUCUGCAGUGGCAAAAUCUAAUAAAACAGAAACCAAAUAGUUUCAUUGCAGAAUAUAAGUCAACCUUGAGAAUAUAAUAAACAAAACAAAAAAAUUUGUGAUAAGUAAAUUUAAAUAUUUACUUAUCACAAAAUGUUAAAAGUCACAACAUAACCAUAAAUAUUGAGAGAGGCAUUAAAAAGUGUUAAGUGCCUAUGUAGAUUUCAUAAUAAUUUAUAGUUAAUCUUUAUGAAAGUUUGGACUCUGUAUAUGACAAACCUGACCUUCUCACUUUCCCUGAGGAGGAUUAUAGACCCUCUACCAAGAAGUUAUCUAGGAGUCUCGCUCUGUUGUCUGUAUAUGUGUGUGCAUACAUGCGUGUGUGAGUGUGUAUAUACGUGGAACAGUUCUUGCACUUUCGCGUAUGUAAGAGAGUUAUAAACAAUUGGCUAUUUGGUUACUACUUUUAUUACAUUUAGCCCCUGUUAUAAAUUACAUCUUAUUAAAUUUACCUAAAAUUAUGUCUCAUAUUUCUUGUUAAUAAAAUUUCCCUUCCGCUGUUAGAUUUGUAUGCGCCAAUUUUUAUAAAACACAUUAAAACAUGAAAGUAAGUUUAGGCUUAGAAGCCUUCAUUGAAAUUUAUAUUUAUACAUAGCAAAUAAUAGAGCACAUAGAAAUAAAUAUUUAUAGAAGAAUAUAACUUAGUUUAUUUUUUGGUAUCUGUUAUAUUACAUUUUUAAUAGAUGCCUAACAUAAUUUUCGGAAUGAAUUAUGAGCCUUAACGUUUGUGUUAUUUCAUACUAGUCUUCAAAAAUAAGCCUUAUUUUUAUGUACAUAGAGUUGAGAAUUUCUUUUCGUUAUUUGAAGUUUCUUACCCGAAACUAGUUAUUAUUUUAAAAGAAAAUGUUGUAAAUACAACAAAAUACUAUGUUCAGUUAAUAUUUUAUAAGUGUGUUAUGUGAAAUAAAAAAAUAAUCUUGACAUACUUCAUGUAUAAGUUAAAGAUAUUUUGAGAUAGUAAUUGUGCUGUAACAUCUUGCUACAUAUAAGUGGUAAACAUUUAAAUUUAUAAUUUCAGCCACGUGAAGUGAUAUCUAUUGAUUAACAUCAGAAAAGUUAUUGGUCUUUUUUAAUUAAAUAUUUUUCUUUCAAGGUUUCUUUACUACUACUACCACUGAUUUCAUAAAAUUGAAGUACUUAGUUAUUUUUUUAUUAUAAAUGUAGAAUAAUAAGACUAAUUACGUCAUAAAUGUUUUAAAAAAUGUUAUUGUAGAUUCACAAAUAUUUGAGAUUGGUGAAUUUGUGUCAAAUAUAACAGGUAACGAUACAGUACCUAAACAUUUCGGAAAAAUUAAGUACAUAAGGGAAAAAUUCUUUAAUAAUAUUGGUUUGGUAAUAACUCUGUAAUCUUAAAAUAUGAUGUAGGCACAUACAUUCAUUUGUUAUUCUUUUAUUACUUAAUAAUAAUAAAUAAACACAUAAGAAUAAUUUAAUACUCAUAAAUUUAUUCAAAUAAUAGUAGGUACAAAUUAUUUUGUUUAAAGUGUACUAACAAGUUAAUGUAUAUAUUUAUCUUAUUUCUUUUUAUUAUUAUAUUAAUA